GUAAUAUAUGUAGCACACUCUAUAAUUUAAUAUGAUUAGAUCGUCCAAUAAGAGCUAAACUUUGUUAUAAACAUUUUAAUUUUUUAAUACUGAAACAAUUCUUUUUUUCAUUUCAAUUUUUAUAAAUAACAUAAUUUGUGUGUUUUUUCCUGCUAUUCUUAUUUGUAUUAGUCUCGUAAUCAUAUAUACCGCCAAUAUUUAAAUCACUAGAGGGCGUCGAUCAUAUAAUUUGUGUACCAGCAUUACUGUCAAUAAGCAUCUAUAUCUUUCCUUGCCAAGUUAACCUCUUUUUAUAAGGAUAUUUUUCUGAAGAAUGAUUAGAAAAACUCUAUUAUAUUACAGUGUGAUCUGUAUUUGUUAAAAAUGAAUUAAAUUGUUUGCAUUUUUUUCAUUUCUCAAAUGUAUACGUAUGACUCAAUUUCUUUUGAAGCCAUCGUAUUUUUAAUUCCGGACAAAGUUGCUCCGAAUAAAGUUUUAUAUACUUUGUUUUUUCAUUGUCUUUAAAUUUAACAUUGAAGGAAUUGAAAGAGUUGAUUUUAUUCUCUGCUAAGAAGAAUCAAAUAAAUAUAAAUCACUAUUAGUUAUUAUCGUAUACUGUAUAUAUUUCCUGUAUAUUGAGUAUAUACAAGUAUAUAUAUUUACCUUUUCUCUCUCUGUAUUUCUUGUGAAAAUAAAACAUAUUAAUCGAAAUGGAUAAUAUUUGGGAAUCUAGGGAUAAGACUAUCAGAAAAGAAAUACUUAAAAAAGGCAUUUGUUUAAACAAACCAACAGAACGUUGUGAAUGCCAGAUUGUAAUACAAGAUAUAAAUGUCACUGGAAUGAAUAUUACUGAUUUAAAAAAUCAACUUCAUACAGAAAUUCUCGAUGAUAUAGAAAAGACAAUAACGAUAGGAGAUGCAAACUCUGAAAUCGAUAGAAAAAUUGAAAGGGGAAUACAGUAUAUGAUGGUAGCAGAAGAAAGUUUGUUUACCAUAUGUAUAUCUGAUUUUUCUAAAAAAGGAAAAAUUAUUGUUACCUUUAUUGUAAUGCUGAAGUAUUUCAAACCUUUUAAAGCAAUUUGGAAUUGGACUCCAGAAGAAAAAUAUGAGAUUGCUUUGAAAUAUAAAGAAGUUGGUGUAAAAUUAUUUCAAGAAUCAAGACACAUAGAUGCAUUUUAUAAAUUUAGCAAAGCUUGCAAAAUUUUAAUAACUCUAGAACCAAUACUUGAUUUAGAAUUGGAUAAAUCAUUAGAAAAUAAUAUUAAUGCAUUGAGGAUAACUUUAUACAACAAUUUAGCUGGAUGUCACAUACUUAAUCAGAAUUAUGAAUACGUAAUUCAAUUAUGUAACAUAAUUUUAGAUAAAGAUAAAAAUAACAUUAAAGCAUUGUAUAGACGUGGUGUAGCUUACGGUAAAUUAAGAAACUUUGAAAAUGCUGUCUCAGAUUUUGAAAAACUUAUUACAUUAAAGCCUCUUAAUAUUGCCGCACAGCAACAAUUUGUAAUUUAUAAUCGAAAACUACAAGAAGCAAAUGAGAAGUGUAAAGAUAUGGUAAAGAGAAUGUUUAGAACUUAAGCGUCGAGUAUUAUUUAAAUUAUGCGAUUAAAAUUGUUUACAGAUAAUACACAAGAUAAAUAUAGUUAUUUUAUAAAUAGAAAAAUACGUAUUUAUUUUGCCCAUAACAAUUUUACACCAUAUUUGACGCAUUUGUAUUAUUUAUAUAGUUUCCAACAAUUCUCUACCUACAUUUGUUACUCAAUAGUUAAAUUUUAUAUACAUGGAUACACUUGAAAUUUAUUUUAUGUUGUAUUAAUACAGUAUUGGUACAAAAAGAUUUAAAGGAUAAAUAAUUGAGUGUUUAAUAUAAUAUAAUUGUAAUGUGAAUUCCUUCUAUUGUUUUGAAAAUAUUUUAUUGUUAGUAUGAAAGCGUUUAAUAAGUGAAAUUAUUUCAAAAACUCUAUUCACACAAAAUGAAAAUGAUACAUUCAAUACACGCAAUUUCUUGAACGUGUAAUAAAUGAAAUAAUUUAUUGUAAACUUAAACAGUUCGAAUUAGUUAUUUUCUUAUACUGUAAAAAUGCUAUUGCAAAUAUAUUAAGCUUACAACGUUGACGAUCAUAUCAAAUGGCAUAAACAGAAAUGUCAGCAUUAAUAUGCAAUCUCAACUUAAUUCAUAUAAUUUACACAUUAAUAUUGGAUUUCUCCAUAUGAAUUACAAUAUUUUACAUUAAAAUUAUGUACAUAAGAAGAACUUUAAGCAAUUUUUUCUUUUCAAAUAAAUGUUAUUGCAAAUCUCCAUGUAUAUGAUACGGGCAACUUCAAUGGCACCUUUUACAAUAAUCCACGAAAAAUAACUUUACUGUUUGAUCAAUAUCAAUGAAUAGUUAUGUUCAGUUGAAAUAUUUUAACUACUAUUACAAUAUAAUCUAAAUUUGAUAACAUUAAUCAACACUAAAUAAAUAGACAAUUCGUGUCUAUUCAUAUUUGCAUCUUCUUUUUUCCAGAUGAAAUAUUUACAGAGGAUUAUUAGAGUUUUUUUUUCAAAGAUUGAACCACAAUACAUAAAGCAACAUAUUAAACAAAGUUAUACGAAUUAUAAUUCAAUGCAAAUUUAAAUGUUAUUGUUGGCAAGUGGAAAUUACUAAAUUACUUAUAAUCUCCUAUUGAAUUAGUUUUAUAAUUCAUUGUACGUCACACACUGUAUAUGUAAUAGAGAACAUAACAAUAGCAAAAACUAUUAAUGUUGCCAAAACCACUACAAUUGUUCUUCUUGUUUGUAAAACAUCAUGGUUUUAUAAUUUUGUAUAAAUUACUGUUUGUAUUGUAAUAAAUUCUGUUGUUAAUAUAUUAAUAUCAAAUUUUAUGCUGUAGCUGUCAUAAGAAUACUAAUUAUAUAAAAUAAAAUUAGUUCAA